AUGAAGGUGACCUGUAAUGGAGUAAAGCUGUUUAUCGGCGUUGUGUGCCCGAAGCUCCUCCCAGCGUUUUCAUAUAUGCUGGGGCCUAGAGGACUUAUCUUCCAACCUACUCAGUCAUCGGAAGCCGCCGUUCAAGCCAACGUUUAUCCAUCGAACGCGAACGCUCAUGCGGUAAGCAAACUUUGUUGA